UUUCGCGUUUGUAAACGUGUUUACUUAAACAUGUUCACCUGAAGUAGUUCAGGUUCCCGUGUAACCGCGCCCUUAGAUAUGUCUACACAUCAAUAGAAAUAACAACAUUAAUUUACUUAUGUAAACGUGUGGGGAUGUGUGUAUAUUAUUAAUUUAGUGUGGAUGUUAUCUUCUGUUAAGUGACAAAAUAGUAGUUUUUACAGUGUAUUUUAAAGAACUUAUAAUAGCCCGCACAGGGUAGUGAGCAACGAGCAUUACUCCUACGGUGUUAGUGAUAUAAAACAGGUACAUAAAACUUCAACCCUGAAAACCAAAUGUUUAUGUAUAGGGUCACUCUUUACAUUCCAGUACGGUGACGGUGAUAACAGCGGUGGUGGACAGGUGCUAAUGGAGGUUGUGGGUGCUUCCAUAAGUCCAAACGAAAGUGAAAUUAAUGUAUGUGUGUGUAUAUAUGUAUGUAUAACCAAAAAAUAAGGUUAACUUAAUUUAGGUUUGUCAUGUUAUGCAACUUGUGUAGAUACCGGCUGGUUGCCGAACCUGUUUGUUUUUAUUCCGCUAUGUUCUCGAGCUUCGUUGAUUUUUAAUAAGAUAGAUUAUAAACAUUUGCUGUAAAUGUCUGCAAGUGGAGAUCUUUGAUGUAUUGCAGCGCAGAAGUAUCACUUGCAGAUGAACUGCGUCAAGAAUUGAUUGUUGAGAAUGGUACUGGAGACGGUGCAGUACUGCUGACACUGGGUUGUUAACGUGAAAUGCCAGCAGAGCCAAAAUUUUGGCACUUGUGUGCUAUGGAAGGAAAAUCGGCCUGUAACAAAGUUGCGAUAUAUUUUAUGAUAAAUUUUCGAGAGCUGUGUUUGAUCACUUUGUCUUUGCCUUUAUCAGCCUUGUUUAUCUGCUUCAUUACGGCAUAUAUAUUUCAACAAGAUGAGAUUCAUGAAACUCAUUGCAAAGUCUACAACGUGAUCCCCUCGAUCAGCGCCAUCACCGGCAUCAGCCCGCAGCGGUACCUGUGGCGGGUGUGCGUGGCGUUCCACAUGGGCCCGCGCGUGGUGAUCGGGCUGGUGUACCGCGCCCACUACCGCGCGCUGCUGGCCGAGCUGCCGGCCGAGCUGGCGGCGGGGGGCGGCGCACACGCCCAGCGCCUGCUCGACGCCUGCUUCUGGCUGUACCUGGUGGAGGUGGCGGCCGUGUGCGGCGUCACCUACGUCUCCAACCGGGAGAACUACCCCGUGCACGAGAAGUUCUUCAUCCUGUUCAUGAUGAGCUCGGUGGGCUACAUGGUGGCCACGGUGAAGAUCUCGAAGCUGCUGCGGCCGGCCAUGACCGCGACGGAGCACACCUCGUACGUCAUCAAGAAGUGCCUGCUCGCGGUCACCGUCCUCAGCGCUCUGGGGCUGCUGCUCUUCUUCCUCAAGCACCGUCUUCUGUGUCACGAGAUGGCCUUCAGCUGGUUCUCCCUGUGCGAGUACAUCAUCGCCACGGCCAACAUGGCGUUCCACGUCACCGUGAUGCUCGACUUCCCCACGGAGAAGCUGGUGGUGGCCCGCGAGGGGCGGGCGCUCGCCCCCGGCCUCAAGGCGGAAUAGUGGCCGCCCCCCCUCCGCUCGCCCCCUCGGCACCGCAGCGUGCGUGCACACGCUCUCGUCUGCUAGCCAGUGUUUCUGUUUUUGUCAUCGUCGCGACGCAGGGUGUCCACAUGCCGGGAAGUUCAGGGAGCCUGGAAUCGAUCAGUAAAUCCUGGAAAAGUUAUGGAAAUUUACCCGGUGAUAUUAAAUCGAGAGGGAUCAGUGUUUAUAAUUGAGUUCUUACAUUUUCACUUUCUUUGAAUGAUUUUCGCGAUGGAGAGGAUUUAUUUAAAUCGUUAUUUUGGACGUACGAUGUUGCUGGUUUGCACUGUAGGUCACGGAGAAAACCUGAAGAAUGGACAAAGAAAUUUGACAUUGACUGAUUUUGGCUAGUUUUCUGUGUGUCCAAAAUAAUGAUUUAAAUUCCUUAAUUUGUGUUUUGAAAGACUAAGGAACUCAGCUUAGGACUAUGUAAAUACCGAUCAAUUUAAUUGUACAAAAUUAAUUUACAGUAAUAUUCUUACUGAGCUUUUUUUUCACAUUCUUACUUUUAUGUAUAAAAAAGAAUAAAGUAAGUGGAAGAUAACUAAAGCUGGUGGAGGCGGGAAUUUUUAUUUUUAUUUUUAUUUCUUUGAAAUUCCAAAAAAAAAUUUUGUUUGAAAAAAAUUAGUCAGGGAAAUUUGAAAUAUUGUUCAGGGAAAAGUGAGGCAAAUUUUAUUUGAGAUACAUGUGGACACCCUGCAAAGAGCAGAAAUGAUGUAAGCACGUAGUUCAUAGAGCAGAUGACUUUGCUGUGCUGGAAACACAGCGUGGUUUCCUCCGCGAGCUGGCAGGAAAAUUGAGCUGCUUGUAGCGAGGUUCGGGUUCUUUUAUUCUCCCCCUCCCCCUUCUGGAGGCAGUGAUGCAGCAAUCUGUUGCUAGUCUCCGUGCGGAAGGCAUCCGCUGUGACGUCAUUUGCGGCAGUGGUAUAGCGCAUCUCAUCC